UUCCGUUUACGCAGGGUGAUCUGCCACGACGCGCGCACGACGCAUCCUCAAUUGACCUCCAGCUGCCUCAGCUGCUCCUGUGCAUACGCGCCCCGCCGCCCGCAGCGAGAAGGACGAUCGACGAACUCGGAUGAGCAGCUUAUCCGGGCGCAUCACCGAAGGUGGGCGGCCUUGUCUUCUCUUUCGAGCGAUUGUUGAUCGGGCGCGCGGCAUCCUCUCGGACGUAAAUGCGGACGGGCAUGGCGUUGUUUAUCGUGCUUGUUGAAGCGCGGGGGACGAUCCCUCAGCCUCUGCAGUUAGGCCGCGCCACUCUGUCCCGGUUGUCGGACCGCUUUCUUUUUUCUUGCGAUUCGGAGGGUCCAUUUUUUGACAAAAUUCGCAGGAUUGUGAGUGGCGAUCCCCCUUGUCAUGCAAGAGGGAGGUCCAGGGCCCCGGGUCCCCAGGGGGUACGACUGCGCCGGUGGGACAUUGGGAGGCCAUUGAGUGGGCGUUCCCCCGAGAACGGGCCGGGCCCCGCGCCGUCGCCGCGGGAGAACGGUGCGGGCGGUCCGGCCCGAUCCCAGCUGGAGGGCUUCCCCGCGCCGCCAUAUAAGCCGAAGUCGACGAUGCCGUACGAUUCCCAUCUAUCUCCUGCCGCCGACGAUCAGCUCAACUCUCGUCCCCCCACUCACUAACAAUGGUUGCGAACGGUCACAAAGUCUCCCGCCCGCUCAAGCCGGGCAUCUACGCCCCCAUCCCCACAUUCUUCAAGGCGGGCUCGGAGGACCUUGGUGCG